AAAGGACAAUGAUUCAGCGAGGCAUACGUCCAAGAUAAGUAAAUGGCCGAUCAUGCCUGCCGAGAUUAUGGAUAAAAUUUGUAAAGAAAAUUUUUCAAAAUUUUCUAACAAAAAUAACCAACAGCCAGUUUAUCCUCUUUUCGAAUACCAUCAUUUUAUAUGAUUCAACUCAGCGACACCAGAGUUGCUACAAUAAGCAACUUCGUCACGCCCUAAUUGCUUCUCUCCUCGAGACAAUCUCACACUUUGUAGUUCGUUAAUAUAUCUGCUUAGCACUUUAUAGGGGAGGGAAGACACGUAAUUAGUUUUAUUUUAUUUUUUUAUCUUUGUCACUUUUAAUGGCUCAGACGCAGAUUUUGUCUAGUGUAAAAUAUUUUCCCUAACUAAAAACCUACUUUCACCAUUUAAUUAUUCUCGCAAUUAUCAUGGUGCGUGUAUAUACAGUUAAUCUGAAUUUUGACAAAGAUUAUCAAUCGACGUCACAUUGUUCUUAAUUUUGUAUAAUUCGUUGACAGGCGCUGGCACCGAUCGUUAGUCCGGACGAGUAAGGGUCGACAACUGUGGAAUGACAAAAAGUCAACGUGACUGGCCAAUUUGAGACGGUUUUACAGUGAAACAGUCGCGGACUAAUCGCGCCGGAAUGGCCGUACUGGAUCUCGGUCGAUUUUAGCGCUUUCUCGGCCCAGAAAUCAUCUCGAGCACUAAGAUACUCGUUGUUGGUUCCCAGUCGAUCCCUUUUCUUUGCAAAUCGUAUAUUCCACUAUUUUCUCUCUUCCUUAAGAAAGUGCCGGUGCCGACCAUUGGUACAAAAAGAAAUUCCUCCAUCCAUACAGAAACGUAUGUGACUAUAGUUGUAAUUUUGAUUUUAUGGUACUUCCUCUUCGUCGCUGCUACUACUUUAUACCUGUGGAGAUACUAUAAGCUACCUAUAAGUACCCGCACUAGUCUUAACGAUAUACGAGAAGAGUCUUUCUCUGUAUGAAGUUUUCUCAUGUUGGCCUACUGGAUCCGAGAAUCGGGUCAGUGAUGAGAUUACUGCAAAAAAUACAUGACGCCGCAAACGCUACUUUCAUUGUCGGUCAGUUCAAGAAUAGGAACUCGCAUUAAAUAGGAAUUACUAUGGAAACUUAACGUCGUUUAAUGAUUACGUAGAAAAGGUGGAAGUUUAAACAAAAAUUUGUAUAACAUUUUAAUGGUGACCGAGGAGCGUUAUUUUUCAAAAAAUUGUAUGCUCACAAUUAACUGGACGUCGCGACGUCUUUGUGUUGGUGUAUCUAGAGAAUAUGAAAAAGAUCUACAAGAACUUUCUAGGAAAACACUGGGUCUCCCGGUACCGUUGACCUUAUUACGUUUCGCUGCUUUAACCAAGCGGUAUCCAUCUGUCGAUUUGAUGCAUUCAACAAGUAUUUCAAGUACUCGAUAAUGUCAGUUCAUUCGAAUUACUUGCAGCUGACGAGAAAUCGAUAAUUCGAGAUUAUAAUAUUUUUUUAUCUUGAUCAUUUCGAUGGGUAAGGAAAUUUCACAAUUUUUCCAUUACCGCGUAACGUCUUAAGUGGUUCGUUUUUUGAAAAUUUUCUUCUUAGCUAUUAUUAUUCUUGGUUAUUGUCAUUAGAAAACUCAUUGUCGGCAUUCUGGAGACACCUUCGUGCUCCGACGAUAUUCAUAAGUGUCUGGCUGAACUAAAGACUGCGUACUCCGAGUGUUUUUCUAUGGUGGCGACGGUGGGAUGGGGGUGGGAGGGGGGCAGCUAGAAGUGAGCACCGAUUAAAAAAUUAUGACAGACGUUUAUGUGGUAAGGAAAUCUUCACGCUUUUUAAAAAUAAAAAACUUCUCCCUGCUGUCCGCUCGUAGGAUAAAGAUAUGAGAGUGGCUUAAACACGGUUUAGUUUCGAGAACUUUGUUACGGAGGUAACAUCUCCAUACGGUUUAUUAUAUUUGAAUAGUGUAUUUUUCGGGAGGUUUUUCAUCUUGAAGGAUUUUUCAAAAUUAUUUAUGAUGGUUCUUAUGCUGAAACUAAUUUUCCUGCUGAUUGCUGGACUUUUCGCUGCUGAUAGUUUCUGUCAGGAUAACGUCGAGAGCAAUGAAAGUCACGGAGAGCAGGACGUCUUCGUGAGACUGGAGAACCAGUUUGCAGUCGGUAACGUUACUGACGAGAAUGUCGUCCAGGUUAAUGUCUCCGCUGAAGAGAAGAAUGACAAUGACACGAGUUCGAAAAAUUUGUCGAAUCGAGUGAAAUUUUCGGAAAAUAAUACAGAGGAAUUUCGACCGAGUCUGCAUCUGGGUGAGAUCGAAGAAUAUCGAAUAGCAAAUUCAAAUUUGUUUAAUAACUUGAAAGCCAUAAAAUUUGAAAAUUUUAUCAGUUCGGAUGGUGACAUUGACAGCGCAGUGCACCUGACAGAACCACGUAAAAAAAAUCUGAAUAAAUAUCAAUAUCCUUAUCCUGAAUUUGCGAAAGCAACAAUAGAAAAAAAUCAAAAUGUCAAUUUUCGACCUAAUAUAAAAUCUGAAAUAACUUUUAGUGCUCCUGCCCAUUUUCAAAAUUCUCCUUUUCCUACAUCACUCUCGUUAAUUUCUGAAAAACCAAAUAUUCCCAUAAUCACUGGAAACAGACCCACGUAUCCCGAGUCGGACGAUUUUCAAUAUUCUUCUACUUCUUUUGGAAAACCUUCCAAGUUUCACAGUGUUACCAAUUACGUCACGCCAUAUUCCUCCGAGGUUCAUGGGUACGAAUACGUAACACCUACAAAUUUAGAAACCAACUCUCAGCCGGAUGUUAUCGAUUAUCCACCCGGCUUUCAUGACUCCAACAACGAGAAUCUUCAGAGACCGGAAACUGUCGGAUAUCAUACGUUUCCUCCACACGAAACAACUUUUACCAAGGCACAUAGAUUCCCAUAUAAGUUUUAUCAGGAACCAGUUAGUUUCCAGGAUACGAGUAUUGAGUACAUAGAGGAUGGACGUCCAAACGUUAAAAUAUUGAAAUUGAAAAGUCAAUCUCCAUGGAAGAAGAUCAUUCAUUUGAUAGGAACAUUCCUACCGUUAGGACUUCUUUUGGCAGCCCUGACGCCAAACGUCGUUCAAAUUGGAAAUACAACUUCGCCAAACAUCGUAUUAUCAAAAUUGCGUAACGUGGGCAUGCCAGUUGAGCACAAAAGUGCAAGAAUGGAAGAUAACAUUUUCUGCGAGGAAAAAUCAAUAUGCGAAAUGAUUUUGGCUGGCAGUAAACCAAAAUCGAAUUUGCUGUUCAACGUCUUGUGGAAUUUUUCGACUAGAAUGUCCGAAGAAGACGCAACGAAAAAUGGUCUUGGUGAAUUGUUCGAAGCUGUAAAGAAAAAGAACUGCAAUAUAAUAGUUUGUAAAUUCAUGUAACACUGUACCUAACGUAUGCAUGAUUUUGAAAAAGGCAAAUAAUUACGUAAAAUCUCGCACGUAUCAUCGUACGCAUAAUUAAAUAUUUAUCUCUUGAGAAAUUUUCAUCCAUUUGUGGUACACGUGUCCAAUGCCGACUGUUUGUAUAUGCACAACGUGAAAGUGUCAGAAAAAAAGCGAAAACCAAUUGGAGACGAUCGCUAUAAUACAAGGGAGUGUGCGUUCAAAAAUUUCUUCUCUAUACCGAUAGCUCGUCCCAAGCUACAAGUGAAAGUAGUCACACGGUAUAAUUGGGUCAAACAUCAGUGGCCGCACAAGGAUCCACACUGGAAAGAA